AUGCCUCCUCGCACUCCGACACCGUUCGGCGACCCGUACCAUGGUUCUUUGUCCCCCGUCUCUUGGGGCCAAUUUGGAAUGCAUUUCUGGGUCCUUGGCACUGCUGGUGCGUCGUUCGAGGACGACGAUGAUAACUCAUUCACUUUCCAAAGUCCAACCCAUCAUGCCAAGUCCUGCGGCAAAGGUGGUGACUUUCCAGUUAUGGAUUCGCAGGCGGAGGGGUCAGCAUAUACUGAAGGCAGUGCUGCGAUGGCUAGUGCCAGUAUCGGCAGCAGGUCAGGCGGGGGAGAGUCGGCCGGGAUGUCGACCGUCCAGGCGAACUCUGGCAUCAUAUAUGACCUCGCUCGCUUGGAUGGUGAUUCGGAGGCGAGGGCGCUUAUAGGGCUGACGGGUCGGUUUGAUGUUGUCGGCUGUCGCUCGACGUCGGGGGGCUAUGAUUUUCAGUUGUUGGAGAGGCCGCGGAUUCAUAUUGGAUCUGAUGCUUAUACGUGCACCUGUUUGACCUUCUCGGGCCAUCCUGAUGUGGCCUGCCAGCAUAUUUUCCUCAAGUGGCUUCUUGAUCAGUUACACAGCUGCUUCAUAUCCCAACCACCUGCGUCUGAUGUAUCGUUGUCAGAGAAUGGGUUCUCGCAGGAUUUCCCCCGUAUCGAGCAGCUUCUUGAGGGCAAGCUUGAGGCCGUAGCCGAACAGCUGAACUGGCAGUAUCUUCGCUGUGAGUCGGAGGGGGGCAUGAGCCGCCUUCAGAAAGUGAGAGAUAUCAUUUCUGCCUUUAGUACAUCCACACUCCUCGAAGACUUUCGCAAUGAUCUCGUGGAACAUGCGGAUCAAUCACGCACUCCAGAACAGUGCGUGGUUCAGGGUGAUUUUGAAGCCACCAUGUUUCGACUAGCCCUACAUGAUGAUGCUGUCUUCUCUAGUCUAUGCAAGGCGAUGCCUCCCGGGGCUUGUGCGGCGAUUUAUUUCGAUAAAAUGCAGGAGAAAACGCGGAAGCUACUAGCAGACUUUGAUCGCUAUUGUCAAACAGGGCAGCUGCCUGCAGACAGCACAGGUCUGGAUGUCGACGAGGUUGUCGAACAGCUGGAACGGAAUGUCAACCGCGUUCAGCAAAACAUCCUUGCUCGGGCACCUCAUGGUGCGGAAGGCGCAGCAAAAGCCCUGGUGACGCUGCUUGAGGAUAUCUGCAGCCGUAACAAGGAUUCUCUGGACGGUAAUACGUGGGGACGGACGACAUUUCGAGGAGAAGAUGAGGACCAGCGAAAUCUUUAUCACCAGCUUAUCGGCAGAACAGACGAGACUGGGAAAUUCUUCAUCCUCGAUGCGCUCGAGAAACUACAACCCGCGGUUUUGGGUGAAUUCUCAGAUAGGCUGAGAAGGAUCCUGCAGAAGAACGAGGUGAAUAGAGCUCCCAAAGCCUAUCUUCUAAAGUUGGGCGCUCUAGUACGUGUGGCUGAAUCAACUUCUACUGCAUCUGGGCAGAAACGCCCAGCCACGGCUACAUCUGGGGGAGAUACCAAACGCAGUCGAUGA